AUGGCCGACACCUACUAUCUGGGAUUUGAUUUAUCAACGCAACAAUUGAAAUGCUUGGUAAUUGACCAGAAACUGAAAUUAAUUCAUUCAGAAACAGUGGAGUUUGAUCAAGAUCUUCCGCAUUACAACACCCAUAAAGGUGUUUACAUCCGUGAAGAUGGUUCCAUAGAGUGUCCAGUGGAAAUGUGGCUAGAAGCUGUUGACUUGGUUUUCCUAAGAAUGUCAAAACGGGAACAUUUGGAUUUGAAACUAGUUCGCGCUGUUAGUGGGUCUUGUCAGCAACACGGUUCGGUUUAUUGGACCUCAGAAGGUCCCAAAAUGCUUGAAACAUUAAAUCCAAAGUCUUCACUCAAGGAUUUGCUAUUCCCAUCUGCUUUUUCCCGACCAGUGGCACCCAACUGGCAAGAUCACAGUACCGGUGAAGAAUGCGAAGCGUUUGAGAAAAGUUCUGGCGGACCACAACAACUGGCACAAAUUACCGGUUCCAGGGCGCAUUACAGAUUCACGGGUCCACAAAUAAUGAAGAUCGCACGCAAAGAACCAAAAGUUUACCGCAACACGGCCAAAAUUUCGCUCGUAUCUUCAUUUUUGGCUUCUUUGCUCUCUGGUAAGUUCACCAAGCUUGAAGAAGCAGAUGCAUGCGGCAUGAACUUGUACGAUAUUGAGAAACGAGACUACGAUGACAAUCUUCUAUGCAAUAUCGAUGCCAAUGUCGCCGAUGUUCGUGAAAAACUUGGUGGUGAUCCUAUCCCGUCGGACAAAGUUGAACCUGUGGGUCACAUUGCAUCUUAUUUCAUCGAGAAAUAUGGGUUGAAUUCGAAAUGUGAGAUAUAUCCGUUUACUGGAGACAAUCUCGCUACGAUAUGUUCGUUGCCUUUGCGGAAAAACGAUGUUCUUGUUUCAAUGGGCACUAGUACGACCAUCUUGCUCGUUACCGACCAGUACCAUCCUUCUCCCAAUUACCACCUGUUCAUACAUCCAACUCUGCCUGGUCACUAUAUGGGCAUGAUUUGCUACUGUAACGGAUCCCUCGCUCGCGAACGUAUUCGCGACCAACUCGACGGCAACCACGACUGGAAACUCUUUAAUGAAGCGGUCCUUUCAAAGACAUUGAACACCGAUAAUGAACUAGGAAUCUAUUUCCCGUUGGGAGAAAUCGUGCCAAGCGUUCCAAGCUCAUAUCGCAGGGCGACAUUUACAAAAGACGCAACUACGGGUUCUGUGACACUCAACUUGGUCGAAAAUUUUCCCAGUGUUGCUCAUGACGCUAAAAACAUUGUUGAAUCACAGGCUUUGAGCUGCCGUGUACGCAUCAGCCCCCUUCUUUCAAAAGACUGUGCCGAUACUACCUACCACCUCGGACAAAAUACAGUACACUUUGAUUACGACAAUUUCGAGCUUUCCGAGUAUGCCAAGCGUCCCCACAGGGCUUUUUUCGUUGGCGGUGCGUCCAAGAACGACGCGAUUGUUGAUCGUUUCGCCGAAGUGCUCGGUGCGUCCGACGCCAAUUUCCGUCUGGAAACUCCGAACUCAUGUGCCUUGGGAGGUUGCUACAGAGCCUUGUGGUCGCAUCUAUUCUUCAGCAAGCAAACAGAGACUAGUUUCGACAAGUUUUUGGACAAGACUUUCAGAUGGGGAACCGAUGUCCAGAACUUGGGCAUGGGUAGCAAGGAAAUGUGGCAACAUCAUAAUGAAAAAAUAGCUGUUUUAAGUGCACUCGAAGCCACUCUAUGA